CCAAGCCCGUUUUCCACAAGAAGGCCAAGACUACCAAGAAGAUUGUCCUUCGUCUUGAAUGUACCGCCUGUAAGUACAAGAUGCAACUCGCCAUCAAGAGAUGUAAGCACUUCGAAUUGGGUGGUGACAAGAAGACCAAGGGUGCUGCUCUCGUUUUCUAAGUUGUUUAUUUUUAUUUGCUCUCUUGAAAAUAAAUACAUUCAAUUUUUGUACCUUUCUCUUUUAUGUUUCUAUUUAAACGUAGUUUUAGUAGCGAGUGUUUGAAAAAGUAUACCGUACCUCAACUCAAGUCGGUUGCUAUCUUGAGUGGUGUUGCUUCCAGUGGUAAUAAACCCGAGAUCAUUGAUCGAUUGUCCCAUCACUUUACAACAACCUCAACACCAACACGAUCUGUUCUCUCAUUUGAUCUAGGGUAUCGAAACUUGGCCUAUUGUCACCUCGAUCAUGAGGCUAAUGUGCUAGACUGGGCCAAGAUCGAUCUUGAUUUACCUUCUUUCCAUCCGUCUGUUGUGGCACCCAUCAUUCGAGAAUUUAUCGAUCAGAACGUGAUCAAGAAUCUCAAGACAGUAGAUAAAGUACUUGUGGAACAGCAGAGAGCACGUACAGGGGGUGCUCAUGCUGUGCUUGAGAAUACAUUACGCGUCAAUUGUGUGGAAGCUAUUUUAUGGUGUGGUCUUUAUGAAGCCACCGAAUCCAUUCAGCGAGAUAUCCAAAUGAUGCCUAUUCCGAGACAAUCUGUAGACCGUGCUUGGCAACUUGAAUUAGAUGCCAUUGUUGCUGAAAAUCCAGCUCGAUUUCUUAAAAUCAAGCAGGGCUAUUAUCAAAAGAAACAAGCAAGUGCUUUAUUAGUUCAAAAAUGGCUCGAUACAAACACGACUGUGCAAUGCAACCAAGAAUUCAAGACAAUGUACGAGCAAGCUAAAAAGAAAGAUGAUCUAAGUGAUUGCUUAAUACAAGCAUUGGCUUGGUACAGAUGGGAAAGAUUCACCAAAGAAUUUAUUGAAAUAAACAACUAAUUGACUGCAAUGCCUCUUCCAUGCUUGUCUACGAAACUCGCAUGCAAUGUUACUGCAUUAAAACUGCCCAAAGUAGCUCUAGCAAGUUCUUGCAUAGUUGCUGCAUCCAAAAUCAAAAGGAAGCAAGAUUCACUACCAUUCUUGAGCGUCGUGUUGACAAUCGACAUAAUCACACCAUCGUCUUCUGCAGUAGCAUUAGGAUGAGGAAUAAAGAUAGGCUCUGCACAAGAACAGCCAGGUUCGUCCCAGAUUUUGGCGUUGCUUUGUUCGUCUGUAUUAGGACCUGAGUAAGGAUGGU